AUGGCUUACGAGCGGAUGAAAGACAAGGUGAUGGAGGAAGUGAAGCGCUUCUUCCGACCCGAGUUCCUCAACCGCCUGGAUGCCACCAUUGUGUUCCAUGCGUUGAGUCGGGAAGAGAUUCACCAAAUUGUGGACUUGAUGAUGAACAUGGUGCGGAGCGAGCUCAAGGACAAGGACAUCGACAUUGAGUUGACCGAGGCCGCCCGCGAGCAUCUGGCGGAGAAGGGGUUCGACCCGGUGCUGGGUGCCCGCCCAUUGCGCCGCCUGAUCCAGAACGAAGUCGAGGACAAGCUGUCCGACGAACUGCUGGGUGGAAACAUUGCAGAAGGCGACACAGCGAUUGUUGAUCUGGACGAAGAUGGGAACGUGGUCGUCAAGGAGCACCUGAUUGGGCAAAGGGUGGAGGAAAUCAAAAGCACCGGUGCGGUGGCGGCCAUGGCGUUUACGCCGGCCACGACCAAGAGAUACAGCUCCCUAGCCGUCGAAGCCGGAGCCGACAUCAUAGUGGUGCAGUCAACGGUAACGACUGCCCGGCAUAUGUCGCGGAGUUACACGGGCCUGAUUUUCUCGGAGUUGAUCAGCUCGCUGAAGGUUCCGGUCGUGGUUGGCAACUGUGUCAGCUACAGCGUGGCCACCGAGCUGAUGGAAACCGGGAUUGACGCCUUGUUGGUGGGAGUCGGCCCAGGCGCGGCCUGCACCACCCGCGAGGUUACCGGCGUCGGCGUUCCGCAAGUUACGGCUACCCUGGAAUGCGCAGCAGCUCGCGAGGAUUACUUCCAACGGACCGGGCGGUAUGUCAGCGUGAUCACUGACGGUCGAAUUCGCACCGGCGGCGAUUUGUGCAAGGCGAUGGCCAGCGGCGGACGGCGUCAUGCUGGGCACUCCCUUCGCUCAGGCCACGGAAGCCCCCGGCCGCGGCUACAACUGGGGCAUGGCCAACGCCCAUCCGGAGUUGCCGCGCGGCACGCGCAUCAACGUGGGCACCAAAGGCACCCUGCAGCAGUUGAUGCACGGCCCGUCCACGUUACCAACGGUACCCAAAACCUGGUGGGUGCGUUGCGCGUGGCGAUGGGUAUGUGCGGAUCGUACACGGUGCGCGAUUUCCACCAGACCGAAAUGAUAGUCGCCCCGGCCAUCAAGACUGAGGGCAAGCAUUUUCAGUUGCUGGGAUAG